AAGGAACGGAACGGAACUACGGAACGGAACGCGGAACUCGGAACGGAAACUGAACUGAAACAGUAUUCGCACCAAACCAAAGCCGUUCUGUCUAUAGUGUUUCUCACCCUUGUUGUUGUUGAAGAAUUUGAGUCGAGAGAAAAGUAAUGAGCUUUAACAAAGGUGGGGACGGGAAGCCCCGAGGCUUUGGCUUCGGUGGCUUUCAAAUGUCAAAGCGAGAGCAGCGAGCUGCAGCUAUACCUCCUCCGCCUACAAGCAAUGUGAGCAAGCACGGUUACUCCACCAUGUCUGCGAUCACACAAAAUGCAAUGGUUGCUAGUGGUUGGGGCGGUCCCAAAAAGAGGGCCAAGACAGAAGAUGAGUAUUUUGACGAUGAUGACGAAUCUACAGCUCCCCAACUUGCCUACAUACCUGCCCCUGGAAGCCCCUCAUAUCAGGGCAACGCUAAAGACUCUGACUCAGAAGAAGAUCCUCUUGAUGCAUUCAUGGCUGGCAUAGAACAGCAAGUUACGAAAGAAAAGAAAAAGACAGAGAAAGUUCAGGAGGAAAAAGCCAAAGGUGUAAGAGAUGAUAUUGAUGGUGAGGAUGUAGAGGAAUCUUACUACAGAUAUAUGGAGGAAAAUCCCAUGGCAGGUGUGCAAAAUGAAGAUGAAGAUGAUGACAUGGAGUAUGAUGAAGAUGGAAAUCCUAUUGUUCAAAUAAAGAAGAAAAUAAUCGAUCCAUUGCCAGCAAUUGACCAUUCAACAAUUGAUUAUUGUCGAUUUGAAAAGAACUUUUAUACUGUGCAUGAAGAAAUCAGUAGUUUGAAAUAUCAACAAGUUGUUGAUCUUCGUCUUACUUUGGGACUGAAGGUGACCGGAGUCUCACCCCCGCACCCAGUCACAAGCUUUGCUCAUUUUGGUUUUGAUGAUAAUCUCUUAAAAACUAUCAGAAAACUUGAAUACACUAAACCUACACCAAUCCAGGCACAGGCUGUUCCUGCUGCUUUGGGAGGGAGAGACAUAAUUGGUAUUGCUAAAACUGGAAGUGGUAAGACUGCAGCAUUUAUCUGGCCUAUGCUUGUCCAUAUCAUGGACCAACGAGAAUUGAAGCCUGGUGAUGGCCCUAUCGGACUUAUUUUAGCUCCUACAAGAGAACUGUCUCAGCAGAUUUAUAAUGAAGCAAAACGUUUUGGUAAAGUGUAUGGACUGCAAGUGUGCUGCUGCUAUGGUGGCGGGUCAAAGUGGGAACAAAGCAAAGCUCUUGAAUCUGGAGCAGAAAUUGUUGUUGCCACACCCGGUCGAAUGAUUGAUUUAGUUAAAAUGAAAGCUACAAAUUUGGAAAGAGUAUCAUUCCUUGUAUUAGAUGAGGCUGACAGAAUGUUCGAUAUGGGCUUUGAACCUCAGGUCCGGUCCAUUUGCAAUCAUGUCAGGCCAGAUCGACAGACACUACUGUUCAGUGCCACAUUUAAAAAAAGGGUUGAGAAGCUGGCUCGUGACGUUUUGACGGAUCCUGUAAGGAUUGUUCAAGGUGAUGUUGGAGAAGCUAAUGAAGAUGUUACUCAAAUUGUACUAGUAUUGAGUUCUCUAGCAGCAAAAUGGACUUGGUUGUUAGGUCACAUAGUUGAAUUUUUAUCAGCUGGUAGUGUGCUUAUAUUUGUCACAAAAAAGGCAAAUGCUGAAGAGUUGGCAAACAACUUAAAGCUGAAGGAGUAUGAGGUUUUGUUGUUACAUGGUGAUAUGGAUCAGUUGGAAAGAAAUAAAGUCAUCACAAAUUUUAAGAAACAGGAAUGUCAUAUUAUGGUUGCAACAGAUGUAGCUGCUCGUGGUUUAGACAUUCCCCACAUAAGAACUGUAGUGAACUAUGAUAUCGCCCGAGACAUUGAUACCCAUACUCACAGAGUUGGACGUACAGGUCGUGCUGGGGAGAAGGGAACAGCAUUUACUCUUGUAACCGAUAAAGAUAAGGAAUUUGCUGGUCACUUGGUACGUAAUUUGGAAGGAGCCAAUCAAGAGGUUCCAGAAACAUUACUGGACCUAGCAAUGCAGAGUGCUUGGUUCAGGAAAUCUCGAUUCAAGGGAAGUAAGGGAAAGAAAAUGAAUGUUGGUGGACAAGGUCUUGGGUUCAGAGAACGGCCCGGAUUUGGAAGCAGUGAUAGUGCCAGUGGUAGCAGUGUGCAAAAGCCAAGCAGUUCUGCUUCUGCAGCCUAUGGAAGUCAGAGCUCCAAUUCUUAUUCCUCAACGUCUGAAGCUUCUCAAAGAUCUCGAGGGCCUGGAUCCGCCAGGCUUGGAGCUAUGAGAGAUGCUUUCAAAGCCCAGUACAUGAGCCAAUUUACUGCUUCAGAAGAUACAACUUGGGAGAAAACAAACCAGAAAUCAGACUAUGGUGUUGUGAAAGCAGACUCUGAUAACAGGGGCGGAGAUGGUGGUAGUGGUCGAAGGGGCAGCAAUAGCUCUGGAGGAACCACUUUAAGCUCAGGCACCUACUUAGGUGGAGCCCCUAUGAAAAGCUCAGGUUCAUACGGAGGAUUUGUGGCAGCAUCCUCAUCUAGCGAUGAUGGAGGAAGUUACAACAAAUCAGACUCAAAAAAGAAAAGAAGCCGAUGGGACAAUAACUAACAUUCAUGUGAAACUUUUCAAUCAUUUAUAUUUCAUGACUUAAUUUGUUUUAGAAUUAUGAACUUGAAGUUUAAUUAAAUUUUAGGCAACUUUACAUUGAAACUCAUAUACAUCAUCAUCAUUGUUUGCUUUUGUAAUAAUAUCUCACGAUUUAUGUGUUUUAAAGUAAGGUUAUUGUACUGUCUUGUAACUAGCUCUGCAUUUGAAACUGCAAGUGUCAUAUGAUACUAAAGGUGUGCAUACAUUUUAGUUGCUACUUUUCUUAAAUAAUAAAGCAGGUUUGUAAUAUGUUUGUGUGAGGUAUGAUAUUUAUUGAGGUAGCCAAAAUCGCUCAAGAUUCUGUUAUAAGUGUAUCUGUUUUGAUUGGUUCUAUCUGUAAAUGUAUUUUUUUUCUUUUCAUAUUUUCCAUCAAUUCUGUAAAAUUGAUGAAGUUAUGAAAUGUGGAUUGUUUCCCUAUUAAGCAGGGAAAAGAGGCAUGUUUGCUGUGAUAAUGUUAUCUCAUCCCUCAAGUGAUGCUCAAAAUAAUGAAAACACUAAAGUUUGAUUUUGGAGCUGCUUUAUUUGGAUUCUAAGUCAACUACUUGGUACAAAUACUGGAAUGAAUAUUAAAUCAGAAAGUUCAAAAUUCA